UACAAAAUUAGCGAACGAACCAUCAAGCGACGAGCCAAAAUCCCAAGCAAAAGGCAAAUCUCCCUCCGUUUUCGGACCGUAUUUUUCCGUGAAAAUUAGUGAAAAAUCCCACCCGAACGGGUUGUAAGUGUCGUACCAAGUGCCCGGCAGUGUCGUGUAGUGAAGUGCAGGUGAAAUUUGCUUCCGUUGGCGUAGUUAUCGUGCGUGAAAGCUGCGCUUGUUUUCGGAACUUUGGGCGCACAGCACUAAACAGUGAAGCUUGUCCGAAAGCGAUUUCUCUCAACCAUCAGCGGAUUUCCCCCCCAAGCCAGAGGCGGCGACUUUAUCGGCAAAUCUCAUUGAACUAUGGGCAAGGAAAUCGACCCGGCCGAUAUCGGUAAGCAUCCGGAUCUGAUCCGCAAGGCUCAAGCGGAAAUGACGCAAAGCGACGUGCUGGUGUGCGGCCGGUGCCACAGCGUGUUCCACUUCAUCGAGCUGUUCAAGGAGCACAAAGAGCAAGAGUGCCGCAAGGAGUCCACCCUGAAGGACUGCCGCGAAACUAAGGCCAAGGUUUGGGCGUUCUUGCUCUGGAAGGCUGCCCAGCUGAACAGCGAUGGGGCGGAAGCGGGCACCGGCAACGUCAACUCCUGGAAGCUGUACCAGACGUGGGUCAAGCUGGAGGAAUCGGUUCGGGAGACCUGGAUCGUAGCGGGCCGCACCAUCCAAUCGUUCGCCCGGAUGGGACAAGGAAACCUACAGGAAAUGCCUGUAAAGAUCACUAAAACCAUCAUCGAAAGUGGACCGGAAGAAAAAAAACCCAUCAAUGCCAUUGCUUCUCCGCCGGCUCAGCCAAAUCGGUUCACGCCGAACCGCAAGCCGGAAAUUAAAGUCGGUUCGUCUCCGGUGGCCACUUCGACACCGGCCAGGCCCGUCGAACCGGAGGUAAAGAAACCGCCGAUCUCCACCCAGGUCAAGAAACCGGAACCAAAUCUCGUCAACAAACCAGCGGGCAAACGCUCCGUUGCCAAACGGACUACUCCUGGUAGCGGCGAGGUCGUCGAGGAGGAAGUCGAAAAGAUUUUGGCCAAGCGCUUCAACCCUCGACGCAAGGAGCACGAAUACCUGGUCAAGUGGACCAAGUUUGCUCACGACCAGAACACCUGGGAACCGCUGAUCCAUCUGCAGACGUGCCAGAGCGUACUGGAGUACUUCGAAGUACAGCUGGCCAAGCAGAAGGAACAACGGGCAGCGGCCGCCGCUCGAACUCUGCAGCAACAACAGGCGGAGAAAGCCAAGACGGUAACGCCAGUGACGGCCGCUCCCGGUGUGACUACUGUGUCCACCCCGGUUAGCACGGCCCCUACUUCGGGUCCAAUAACCGUUACAAUCUCGCCAGCUCCAAAUUUAACGGUCACCGUAACCAAAACCGCUUCUCCGGCUCCUACGGGUGUAACGACGACCCAAGCCUUGCCAACUCCCACAACCGUUCCGGUAGCACUAACCUCACCACUAGGGGGAAGGCCGUCCCGUAAUUCGAAGGUCAAUGCCAUGGAUAAGGUCAAACAGUGGGUCGGGAGCAACCCAUUGACCACAGCGGGGAGUUCUGGCAACGAAGAAACGUACGGCAAGCGGAAGCUUGACAGUGACUACGAACCCGAGGAAGAAGAGGAAGUGACCAUCAAGAGAGUGAGAGCCGAUAGCGGAGCGGUGAACCAGGCACUGGCCAAGGCUCAACAGAGUGGUAAUGUGAAAAUCGUCUCUGUUGGGGCGAAGUCCCCAGUGAAGAUUGUUAACGGUGUCGGCGGAGUGGUCAAGAAGGACGAAGGCAAUGCGGCGGAAGUCAUCGUUAAAACAGUGAAAGAUGGAACAGCCAGCGGAGUGGUGAAGAAGCCUGGAUUCACUGGCGCCAAGAAUGUUGCCGGGGAGGCUCAGAUUCAAAUUGUGAAUCGCGGUGAGGUUUCGAAGCAAGGAGUCUUCAAGGUUAACGCCAAUACUCCUUCCCCACAGCCAUCGCCAGUUCCUCCGCUGAGGCCAACCCCACCAGGUAUGACCACGACCACGACUACACGAAUCGUUCGGAAGAACAUCGGUGGAACUCAACAGCUCGUGAAACAGGUAGUCCGAACUACCGUGCCCAUCCAGCAAGCACAGCAACAAGCUCAAGCUCAGGCCGCACAGCAACGACAACCAUUGCAGAAGGUGGUCAACAACAGCAGUCCGGUUGGUGGCGCUCCCAUUCCCAAGGUUACCACCAACAUCGUUCAACGGAGCUCUCUUUCACCCAACGUUCAAACCGGCAAGCCGCCAAUCAAUCGCAACAUUCGAAGUGCUCCCGCUUCCAAGACCACAACGCCGGAGCAGAAGAUCAACGCGCUCCGCAAGCAGGGUCUCAACGUUGUCAAGCGAGUGGUGUCUCCUGCUACACAGGUGGAACAGAAACCCGCGAUCGGAGGUCACGAAGAAGACGAAGACGACGGCAUCGCGGAUCCAUUCCCGUCCAACUUUGCCAAUCCGGUUCCACAGUCGCCUCCGCGAGCCAUGACCCUCUGCCCCGUCACAGGAAAAGUGCUCGGUCAAGCCGAAGGAGAACCGGCACCGGUUCCGGAAGACGACAAAACCAAACUGAAGAAACUCCCAGGUCAUCAACAGCAGCAGCAGCAGCACCAUCAGUUACUAUCCCAGCAAGAGCAGCAUGACGCUCAGCAGCAGCAGGAGCAGGACACCCAGGUCCAGCAGAUUCUGACCAACGAGGAUGGGUCGCCGAUCAUUGUGGCCGGAGAGGACGGCACACUGUACCAAGUGGCCGGCAAGAACGCCGAAGGUCAAACCAUCCUGAUCGCUCAGGGUGCCGACGGAGAGCAGCAGUGCGUCCUGGUGGCCUCGCAGGAAGGCGAAGGCGAGGAAGGUGGCGCCGGUGGCGUGCUAACACUGGAUGCGGCCGUUUCCGAGGCCGUCGCCCAGAUUGGAGUUCCACAGGAGGGACAACAGAUGACCGAAGAGCAAGCUGCCCAGUACAAAAUGCAGGAAGGCGUCGACCCCAACCAGCAGCUGACAAUCCAAACGGAAGAUUCUCAAGACGGUCAAAUUACGGCCGAAGUGGUGCAAGCCGAUCAGCCAUCGCCCGGUGGCACCCGGCGAGUGGUUCUACUGCUACCCGAUGGCAGUUUCAUGAUGACCGAGGUAAACGAGGAACAGUACCAAUCGCUGAAUUUGGUAAACUAAAGGUGCGAAUGUGUUGUGGCUCUUAGAAUGUUAACUAGGGAUAAAUUAUUUCUUCUUACGCCGCUGCGUAUGUCGAUUUAGGUAUACACGCUAGAAUUUAUUUUGUCAGACCGUGUAGUUUUAAGUUAAGAUUGCGUGUAUUAAUUUUUGAUCUUUAUUUAACAAUACAAAGUCCCCUUAUUGACUAGUGUACAGAUGCUUAGAAUGGCAUACCACUUGCUUUCUGUCUACUAUUAUACAUAUAUGCUCGUUUAGUUGUAGACUGUGAACUCACUGGAUAAUAUUACGGCAAUGAACCUUAUUAUGACGUUCUAGAAUGUUGAGAAACAUUUAUUAUGAAACUGCUGCCCGAAAAGUUCGAAUAUACCUAAGCAACAACUACUAAAUUUUAAAUUAAGGAUAUUAGAUUGUUUGAUUUAUGAGAUAGUGUCAAAAUAGAACAGUGAAUAUAAUCAAGUUAAAUUAAAGCUUACAUAAAGUUUA